AUGUGCAAAUAGCACGCGCGCGUAUAUAGACGGUUGGAGGAGGGACCGGAUGUUGUUUUUUCUUCAUUGGGCCCGAGUAAGAAAAUCGGAGGCGAAGCGUCAACACGGAUUUUCUUUGGGAUAAACGGACAGGGCUGGCUGCUAAGACGAUGCCACACUCCAGACGGUACCCGUCCUCGGAGAGGGCCAGCCACUGCAGCUACCAAGAUCGUUAUCGGGAGCGGGACAGAGAUCGAGGAAGAAGACCUCGGCAUCGCCGCUCACCGACGUUCUCUUCCAGCAGUGAACGGGAGAGGAGGGGGAGAGGACACAGACAGAAUCCCGGCUAUGCCCGAUCCAGGAGCUACGACAACCGCUCUUCAGACCGCAGGCCUUACGACAGACACUACGGCGAGAGCUAUCGGCGCCUGGACCACAGCCGCGAGCGGGACAGGGAGCACAGGACGCCGAGCAACUACUACUCCCGCGACACCUCGCCCAGCUACGACUACCGCCGGGGCCGCGAUCGGGACCGUGAGGACUCGUACCGGAGGAAAGGCAGCAGGCGUAAGCACAAACGAAGGCGGCGUAGAACCAGGUCCUAUAGCCCAUCGUCCUCGCAGCGGAGUGACAGCGGGACACAGGCGCUGUGUGUGAGGGACGACGAGGAGGGUCACCUGAUCUGUCGGAGUGGCGACGUCCUGCAAGAGAGAUAUGAGAUUGUCAGCACUUUGGGUGAGGGCACAUUCGGGAGGGUGAUGCGGUGUAUUGAUCAUCGCAGGGGUGGAGCACAUAUCGCUCUGAAGAUCAUCAAAAAUGUGGAGAAGUACAAAGAGGCUGCCAGGCUGGAGAUCAACGUACUGGAGCGAAUCAAUGAGAAGGAUCCUGAGAAUAAGAAUCUGUGUGUGCAGAUGUUUGACUGGUUCGACUAUCAUGGCCAUAUGUGUAUCAGUUUUGAGCUGUUGGCUCUCAGCACUUUUGAUUUCCUCAAAGAAAACAAUUACCUGCCGUACUCCAUUAGCCAAGUGCGUCAUAUGGCCUACCAGAUCUGCUUAGCUGUCAAGUUUUUGCAUGAAAACAAAUUGACCCACACAGACCUGAAACCAGAAAACAUCCUGUUUGUCAACUCUGACUUCACAAUCACAUACAAUGUGGAGAAGAAGCGAGAUGAGCGUACUGUGAAGAACACGGCAGUGAGGGUGGUGGAUUUUGGUAGCGCUACAUUUGACCAUGAGCACCACAGCACCAUUGUUUCAACCAGGCACUACAGAGCACCUGAAGUUAUUCUAGAAUUGGGCUGGAGUCAGCCGUGUGAUGUGUGGAGUAUAGGCAGUAUCAUCUUUGAGUACUACCUCGGCUUCACUCUUUUCCAGACUCAUGACAAUCGGGAGCAUUUAGCCAUGAUGGAGAGAAUUUUGGGCCCUGUUCCAUCCCGUAUGACUCGUAAGACUAGGAAACAGAAAUACUUUUAUCGUGGACGUCUGGACUGGGACGAGAACUCUUCAGCAGGACGAUACGUCAGAGAAAACUGUAAACCUUUACGGAGAUAUCUUCUGUCUGAAGCUGAAGAGCAUCACCAGCUCUUCGAUCUAAUCGAGGCCAUGCUGGAGUACGAGCCGGCGAAGCGUCUCACUCUGGCUGCAGCCCUGAGACAUCCUUUCUUUCAGAGCACCAUCAGCAGCGCCGACCAGAGCUCCGGCAAGAGCUGGGAGGGCAACCGCGACAUCAGUCGGUGACGCUGACAUUUGUCUUCAACCAACAUCUCUCUCUGUCUUACGCCAAAAAAAAAAAAAAACCUGAGGACUCACAUGCCAAGAAAGAUACCAUGGAGCUGAACUGACAUGGCAUGAAGUUUUAUAGUGUUAGAGAAGCAGAAGCAUAUGAUUUCUCAGUCAUCUUCCCAUGAUGUGAGGACCGCUCCGUGUGCAGCGGGACAAUGUGAGGAACUGGGCACUCCUAGUAAACCCUCCAGCUUGUAUGCGAUUGAUUGGACAUUUGGAGGGUUUUUGAAUAAAUAUGCCCUUCAAGUUCAGUUCUUCCAGCCAGUUGUGGCUAAUGGUAUUGUUGGAGAGCCAUAAACGGAAAAAUUAAUUUGUUGGGGGGGAAGCAUUAACGUUACACUCCAUUUGAGAAAAUAACUGACAAAACAAGCAUCACUGUUACAAUAUAGUUAUUUUUGGGCAAAUCCGUUUAGUGCAUUUUAGCUCUUAGCUGAUAAUCGCAGAUGCAUUAUAACACACACUGUUUGUAUUCAGUUCAAUUCAAACCAUGUAUCAGAGCAGCAGUGUUCUGGUGAUUGUGUCACUCAGCACACGUUUACAGUAUUUAUUUAGUUAUCCGGAUGUCUCAUUUUGUGUCUUUGUAUGGAUUUGACUGUACAAAUUUGUAAAUACGAAUAAAUAUGUUAUGACUAUUGAAUAAAAGGCCUAUCUGUUUGCUUGCUGUGAAUGUGUUUUCACAGUGGCUCUCCAGGCAAAAUGUUUUUACAAUCAACGUUCUUGUAAUGUCGUUUCUAUAUGGACUCUGUGUGCAGAUGAUAUUCUGAAUUAAACUUUUGCCACUUGA